AUGUCCAACCCUACAUCGACGCCUCUCGCUCCCCACCCAGAAUACUAUAUAAACGGGGGAGAUUUGUAUCUUGUUGCUGGAAAUACGCAAUAUCGGGUUCAUUCGUAUUUCUUCGAACGCGAUUCUGAAUAUUUCAGAAAGAAGCUCAAUUCGCACGCCCCGCUGAGUGCCCCCCGCCUGGGCUCCAGCGAUGCCAACGCCAUUAUAAUCAAGCGCGCAGGCCCGAACGAAUUUGAAAAACUUUUAUGGGUUUUCUAUAACCCGAAAUAUUCCUUAUACGAGGCUACCGCGUCCGAAUGGAUCACCAUCCUGAAGCUAGCCUGUGAUUAUCGAUUCAACGAAGUCAAGCUCCUGGCUAUUCGUGGCUUGGAGAUGAGUAACCUUACCACUGUCCAGCGUAUCCAGAUCUAUGAGCUCUAUCAUGUGGAGCGCCAGUAUUUGGUUCCUUUAUAUGAUGUACUGUGCCGACGGGAGGAGUGUCUAACCGAAGAAGAAGCCAAAGAGCUCGGCUUACCGACUACGCUCUUGAUUUUUCGUAUAAGGGAGAUCCUUCGCUCGCAAUCUGGGGAUGGAUCGGAUAAAAGCCCCCUUCCGGCGAGUUUGGACGACGUUUAUAUUACGAGAACUAUUUGUUCAUCUCUUGGUGUUGAUCCACAGAGCCUACCAGGUGCUGGUUCGUUGGUAAUUUCUCUUGUACCAUAA